AACUGUGGAAAAUAUCCGAAAGGCAAAAUUCAGAACUCAGAAGUUAGUGGAGUAGGAAGCUUGUUCGUUCUUGAACAUCGAUCUUUACUACAAAAAUAAUAUUGUACAUUUGAAAAUUGAAAAAUUAUAAUAAACUCUCCUUUUCCGCUGUUAUAUAGAAUUUAAUUUUGAUUUUUUUUAGAUAAAACCGAAUUUGAAAUGGUAAUAGAAUGUAAUAAAAAAGAACGAGAAAAACUUUUCAGUCAGUCUAAUGGUGCACUUUUACCGGGGUACACUGGUCAUUGUCCAACAUUGAAAUUCCGGUUUGGGAAACGAUAUGGAGCUAAUACUUUAGACAUUAUUCAGGAACUUCGUGAAAAAGGAGUGUUAAAACAAUGUGAUUUAAAAAACGUGUACCUGAGAGAUAGCCCAUUAGAUGAACUACCCCCAAAACCAAAUACAAAUGAUUUAAAAAUUAACGUUGACAAAGAACAAGAAACGGUCAAUAAUUAUCAAAGAUGUAUUUUAGGCUAUACCGGAUAUAUACCAGGGAUGCAUUUUCGGUAUGGCAAAACUUUUUGUAGACUGGCUCAAGAAUGUGAAGACAAUAUGCUUGUCAAAUUAUCGUCAGAACAAAGUCGAAAAGCUAUUGAUAGACCUGUUCGUUUUUUGCCUCCAAAAAUGGUUCCAGAUAAAGCCAACAUUCGUCUACAACAUACUUUGAAUAAAUAUAAAAAAAGCAAAGAUUUUAAAGAUCACAAAGUGUCUUCUGAAUUACCACCUAUAGCCGGUUAUACAGGUCAUAUUCCAAGACUCAAAGUAUCUAAUAUUUCAGUGAGUCUACCUUUUCAUCACUCAGCCAAACUUGGAUUGUCGGUCUUAAAACAAGACAACGGAAAUGCUGUCAAACAACACACUAGAUAAUUUAUAAAGAAUAUUUUUUUGUUAUUAUUAUUUAUCUACUAAGUAGAUAUUAUAUUAAAAA